GUCAUGUAUCCAUGGUUUAUUUUUAAUGUUUAAUGAUAAUUUACAUCAAAUCCUCGACUUUGUGUCGAUGUGUGGUUCGACCAUUAGUUAUGACAUGAGUGAUACAAACCAAUGGUUGAGCACUAGCAGUGUUGAGGUUUGGAAAUUACACCUGUGUGUGAGAUUGCGAACAUUAAUCUGUUUAUGUGUAAUUAUGUGCUGCCUUCAGGGGCGCUUCUCCUCGGAGGAGUCGUGAGACGUCCACUGAGUGCAGGAAAAAAUGAACCUGCCAAGAACUACGUAACUAAAAUAUUAGCGCAUGCUGAGAUUUUUUUCUUAAUGGGACCGGGAGAUCCUGAAAUACUGAAAACUGCCAAAUCAAGACACUCUAAGGUUAUGAGUCCACGUAAAAGACUUUGACGAGGGGACAGAACCGCUGCAGCCUGGCCGACUCCCAAACAGCUGCUCUCAAUCACCUCAGCUCACUCGGUCACCAAUAGCGUGACUCAGCAGACCACGGAGAGGAGACGGGGAACCGUGCUAAACGUGAAUCAGCAGCUUUCCGACGCGGAGCGGAAGCCCCGAGUUAAUCAGUGAACAUGAAGUUGGCCUGUGUUUCACUGGGCGUUAUUACAGCACGGGUGCAGGUUGAAGCCGUGGACUGACGCUUAAAGCUGGAAACACCAGACUCUCGCUCUUUUAGGAUCCAAUGGACUCAGUCAGUGAGAUGAGCCAACACUCUGGUGACGGUGGGUGUGAGCCUCCAGGCUGCUUCCCUUUCUAUCCAGGCUGGGGUGAGGGAGGAGGAGACGAGGAUGCACAAGACAAGUGUUUGCGCCUGUGUUGCCCAGCAGGGGGCGCUGUUUAUCAGGACACUCCGAGCUGCAGGUUGGCGUUCCUAGAGGAGCAGCACCACGCGGCAGGCUGCUUCCUCGCCUGCCCGCUCACGCCGCCUCCCGCCGGGCCUGCAGACACAGCCCCUGCUUCGCCGCCGAGCUCCGGGGUUCCUCCGCCGGCGACCCGCCCCGUCACUGACGCCUGUGUUCCCUUUAGCCUCACGUGCAUCCCCGCUGCCUCAGCCUGGGACACCCUCACAUCCAGCCCCGGCUGCUCGGACGGCGGUCCUGUCAGUGCCGCAGCCCACCUGCACCUCCUGGGGGAGUCCCUGUCCCUGAUCGGAGCCCACCUCCAGGAGACAGAUAAAGUGCUGUGUGUGUCCGGCAGCUUGUCGCUCCUGCUGGACUCACUGCUCUGCGCCGUGGCUCCUCUAGUCGGCCUCACGGCUCAGAUCCCGGAGCUGAGGAGCUGCUCACAGCACAACCUGGCUUUCACUCUGGAAAACAUUGCUUACCUGAUGCCUGGGCUGUGACUGGUUGUCCCACUGAACAACGUUUGUUCUAAUGUGAUGAAAGACAAUUAAGUCAAUUUCCACAAUUAAUUUAUUAUUUUUUCUUUUUGCAAAAGAAUAUUUGUGUGACAAAAUUUAAUUAUUUUAAGUGUUUAAGGUUAACAUGAAGUUUUUUUGUUGGUUAUUUAAAGGACAUUGUGUUGGUUAUUUGAAGGACAUUAAAGCUCAGGUGUCACAUUUUCCAAAACUAUGUCCUUUAAUGUAUUGUUAGUUUCCACAUUAGAAUUGGUAUCAUCUAAAAAAAUAAACAAGCUAAGAAUGUACUUAAUGUGGACUUCAGUAUUUCUAACCUAUCUAUUAUGAAGUGAUGAAGGGAGAAGGAAACUCAUAGCACUAAGGACAAAUCUCUUUCAUAUACAAUGACAUCGCUGCCUGAGUUUCUCUUUGACACGUUCUGUUUAAACAUUGUCACCACGUCGUGUCUGUCAAUCCAGGAUGAGAACUGCAAAACAUGUGCAUAUUUUCCAAAUUAUGCACCUUGACAACUAUUAACCAGGAAGCAAACUUGUUUGACAGAUAUCUAUGAGUUAUGACAGUUCAUGGGUGCGGUAGAUAAAAGACAGGCAGAAUGAUUCACAUGUGCCCUGGGAUGUUUCUCCUACACCCCAACGUGGAAUGUGUUCGUCGUCUGCAAACAAAGAAACCUGUGUGUGUGUG